ACAAAAAAAAUCAAAACGAUGUCAUUUUUUAUGAAUGCUUCAAAGAAUAUAUGUACUCCUAAAAACGAUGUUCCUCACUCAGCGAUCGAUAAUGAAAAUUCUACUGAUCUAAGGUCUCAGCAAGAUGAAAAUGAAAAUCAUAUUCCUCAAUCAGUGAUCGAUUCAAAUGACAAUUCCAUCGAUCUAAAAAAUGAACAUGAUGAAAAGACAACAUCUAAUGUCAACAGCGAAAAAAGCUACAGAAAGCCUGCGCAGGAAAAGGCAAAGGCAAAUAUUGUAUCCUUAACUCAGAGAGCAGCAGUCCUAGCGCAGGCAAAUAAUUCAACAAUGUCUAGCGAAAUCCAAAAGGAGCUUGAUAAAACUAGGCAAGAAAUUGAAAAGGAAAGAAGAAGCCUCAAGCGCAAGCAACAAAUUGCAGAAGCUCAAAAUAAAUACAGGCAGAAUAAACAACAAAAAUUGAGUUGCCUAUUUGAGGAAAUUCCUGAAGCUAAAAGUUUUUGUAGCCAACGAUCUACAGUCGGCAGACCCCCGAUUGAAGACGAUCAACCGCUUCUCCAUAAAACUAAUUUGGAGAUAGCCAUGUUUGGAAGUGGAGCUGAUGAAAAGAGGCGCACUAACCUUGUCAGAAGUGUAAAACCUUGUCUGAUCUCCAUGAAGAGCUCAAAAAAGAAGGGUUUAACUUGUCGAGAAGCGCAACCUAUCUAAGACUAUUGCCUAGAAGCUCUUCCUCGAUUGAAGGAAAACGUCAUGUGAGAACGGUAUCGGUAAAGCUUUGUCGAGCCCAAACAGAUUAUCACAAGCAGCAUAUAGAUGGAUAUUUUGCUACAGCAUCUAUAAAAUAUCUUGAAAGCGUUGCCUCUGUUCUCGGCCCUGCUCAAGUGUUUUUUUUUUUGUCACAAGACGACAAGGCUAGGGCCCAAUUGGAUUGACUGCUGCAAAUAAGCAAGCACCUCUGCUUAUGCAUCUUGAAUACAAGGACAAGCUGCCAGAUCCCGAUUGGGUUGUUGCCCCAAGGCAUAAGCUAAUCCCAUCAGUUUAUGCGGGUGUAAUCAUAAGUCCACAAAAACUGGGAGACCCGAAAGCAGUUGGUUAUUCUGGCCCAAAGCAUUCUUCAUCUACUGCUGGAACUCAUGCUAGAGAUUUCGACAGUAUUGUGAAGCUAGAGUCUUUUAAAUCAAUACCAAGCUUUUGGUGGUUAUUAUAACUUCCGAUGGUGCCCUGAUGAAAAUCCCAGAUAUGGGAAGAUUAUUUCCUAUGCAGUACAACAUUUUAAGGCAUACAAUUUGGAUGCAAUUUUUGCUGCCACAAAUGCUCCAGGAAGAAGUGCUUUCAACCGAGUCGAAAGGAGAAUGGCCCCACUAAGCCGAGAAUUGUCUGGGUUGAUUUUACCGCACGACAUGUUUGGAAGCCAUUUGGAUAACUAAGGCAGAACCACAGACUUCGACUUAGAGAAAAGUUUGGGGCAACAUGGUUCUCGAUGACUUUCCUGUGACUACCAAAUAUUGUCUACCUAAACAAGAAGAUGCAGAACUGGAUGACAUAGAUCAGUACUGGUAUCAAGAACAUGUUCGUGAGAGUCAAUACUUUCUGCAAAUUGUGAAAGGCCGUUCUGAAGAAUGUUGUGGAGAAUUUAGAAGUGGAUUACUUCAAAUUCUACCUGACAGAUUUUUCCCUCCUCCUAUAAGUGUUGUUCAGAGUGUCUCUGAAAUAAUGGUUUCCGAGAACAAUGAGAAGGGCAAUUUUCUGGACCUAAUGCAACGCAGAGUUCUCGUGGUAUCAAUAAAUAAACACAACAAAUAUUUGCAGAUUCCCUUGAAUUGUCCGUCGGUACAAAGCCAACUUCAAAAGCGCAUAUGCAAAACGUGUGGGUUGUAUUUUGCAUCACAAAAAUCAGCUACUCGGCAUGCAAUAAUCCAUAAAAAUGUAACUGUAAGCUUCGAUUGAAAAUCAAAGAAACCCCUUUACCGUGUGGCUGGACGACGAAAGGGAGAAUGCCUAGUGAUUCAGACAUACGAAGGAUGUGAAGACCUCGAAUGGCUUGACGAGGAUUGUGUAGACGACGAAGACGAAGAAGAUACCUGCGGAAAUAAAGAGAUUUUGACAAGCCAACAACAAAUACAUGGACAGCCCCUUACUAGCUUUUAAAUAUUCGCGUCCUAAUAAUAAAUCAUAAUUUUCAGAGAAGUU